CGCGCGCGCGCUCGCCAGCCAGACGGAGCUCGCCCCACUCCACCUCCACCAUCAGCACCACCACCCACUGCUGGCCAACCUCCAGCAUCACUCCGCGCGCUAUGACUGCUUUUUCCGCGUGCACACAUCACGGCCCCUCCGCAUUGCACGACACACUCCUUCACUGUCCUCCAAGUCACUGAAAAACUGCCAAGAAGUGACAACGAGAACAAAGGACGACGAAUUACAAGUGGCAAGUCGAGCUGGACAUAUUGGGACUUGAAAAAGAAAGGAGAGGAGCAAAGCGCCAGCCGCCAACUCAAUUCCACACAGCAAGCGUGAUCACCAACUCCCAGCAGAGUUCGUUUCACUUCGGGCCAAAGGUGGGGACACUCAAGCCGCCCUAUACGAGGUUUUAAAGUGGACUAAAAGCCCCGCGUCCAGGUCGUCGCUUGUGAUUGCGGGUAUGUUGGCGUUUUGCCUGCUGAGUGCCGUGUGGCUCGCGGCCAGCCCGAACCCGAGCCAGGCUCAAAACGAAACGGAACCGAUCGUCCUGGAGGGGAAGUGCCUGGUGGUGUGCGACUCCAACCCGACGUCGGACCCCACGGGCACCGCGCUGGGCAUCUCGGUGCGCUCGGGCAGUGCCAAAGUGGCGUUCUCGGCCGUCCGGAACACCAACCACGAACCUUCAGAAAUGAGCAACCGAACCAAUAUCAUCUACUUUGAUAAGGUUCUCGUAAACGUCGGGAAGAAUUUUGACGAGGAAAAAAGUAAUUUUAUGGCUCCACGAAAAGGGAUUUACAGUUUUAACUUCCAUGUGGUGAAAGUCUACAACCGCCAAACAAUACAGGUGAGCCUCGUGCACAACGGUUGGCCCGUCAUCUCGGCUUUUGCUGGCGACCAGGAUGUGACCCGCGAGGCAGCCAGCAAUGGCGUUCUGAUCCAGAUGGAGAAAGGAGACCGAGCCUACCUCAAACUGGAGAGAGGAAAUCUGAUGGGAGGCUGGAAAUAUUCCACCUUCUCUGGCUUCCUGGUGUUCCCCAUGUAGAGGAGAAGAGCUGAAGAAGAAGCUGGUUGUUGAUGGGAAGUACAAUGAAGAGAUGCCAAGACACGGGUAAGAAGAAAUGGAGGUGAUGACAGACUUCUGUUUGGGAUGCUACUGAAGAGUUGAAAAGUGUGGCCAUCGUCUUCACUUCCCUUCAUUUUUCCAUCCGUUUAUUCCGUCUGCUCUUGCUCUGAUGGCCAAAAACUUUUUUUUUAUUUAAGUCGCCGUUCCUUCAUAUGCAUAUAACGUGAGUGUUUUAAAGCCAGAGUAACUUCCCUUCCCUUCAUUCCAUCCACUACUUUGAGGAAAGUUUUGUCAAUAGUUCAGCCCAUCGACUUUCUUUUUUUUUUUUUUAAACUCAUGCUUGAUGGUGAAGUUGCUCAAGUUUCGAAGCAAGCAAAGUAACAUUCCACCAAAACCUACAUGUUCCUUCUUCUAGAAGCUUUAGUCAACUGCAUUGGCUUCUUUUAGUUCUCCAAAAGACUCCAAAUCCCUGCCAACGGGCUGCAAGAUAAAAAAAACAAUGACGCCGCAACACGCUUCAAAACUGCUGCAAAGGCGGAAGACAUUUUUUAAAGAGUGUUGAUUUUCUGUCUUUAUUUUAGGGUUGAGGUUACAAAUUAGUUUACCUUCACUCCCCAACAUCCAUCUCAUCCUCUUCCCAAGGUGUACUUUCAUCUGCUGCUCUAUUUGUUCGCCUCCUAGCACAGACUGAUUCUUGCUUUACUUCAACAUCAAACUUGGAACUCUCGGACACUUAAAAGCAACAAUAUACAGUACAUACAUGAUAUUACAUCAUAAAUUCAAGUCAUUGUUUCUACUGCUACUACGAUGAUGACGAUGAUGAUCAUAACAAUAAUCCCUUAAAUCCAUACGUUCAAUUGAAUCUGGCUGAUGACUAUAAUGUCUGUAUAUUCUGUAUUUCAGUGUUAUAUGAAAAAAAAAUAUAUAUAAGGGGAUCCUCUAGUGACUUUGUGUGGAAAGCUGAGCUGCUGUUUUGCUAUUCUGAUAAAAGAAAAUUUGCUUCUUGUUAUUUUUUUUUUAGUUCAAAACAAGUUGUGGCUAAAAAGCUCAGAUACUACAUACAUAUUACAUAUAGUAUUAACAGAAGGUAGAACACUAUUAUUAUGAUGAUGAUUUUUAUUAUCUUGGUUGUAAACUACAUGUGAAUAUUUAGACCUUAAAAAUUCGUUGUCUGAUUUAUCAUCCAAUCAAAUGGAUUUAUUAUCUACUGUUUUUCUUUGGUCUGAAAUCAAUAAAAUUUAAAUGUAAUUUUAUUUUUCUUUAACCAAUUUCACGUCUGGUCUGGUCUUAUUCAGUAAACAUUUUAGUAGCACCUUCUUGUCCACUAACUAAUUUCUGACUUUCUCUACUGCUGCCUAUUUUCCAUCAUUUUUGUAUUCCUCAGGCUGGAGCCCUCCUUUCCCCUUUCUGCUGUCUUUCUCCACUCUGUUGGUUUUUAAGGUUUCGUGGUUUGUUUCUCUCCAGACUAAUGAGCUCCAGGGGGAAAAUUUGCGCUGAAAAAAAAGAAAAGAAAACCCCACAAACAUUUCCUUCCUCCUUUCUCCUCAUCUUUUCCUUCCAUCUCUCCUUCUUCAUAUCUUAUCUUGCCGCCACUUGUCCCUCUUUUAAACAGCUUGUCCUCAAUUCUACGUACGCUCCAAGACUUGGCUUCUCGCUGUAAACACAACUUCAUCUCCUUAUUGUCUCAAAGUUGCUUGUCAUCUACAGGCAAUCUGAAUUUCUCACAGAUUUGGUUUUUUUCCAAUACUUGAAUUUAGAGCAUUGGGGGAAAUUUGUUGAAGAGAAAUCUUUUCAGCACAACUAAUGCACAUGGUAAAACCGUUAGCCUGGAGCGCUUCAAUGACGAAAGCUUGAAAAACUAUCUGUAGUAUAAUAUUUACUGUAUGGGAAAAUGUCUCAUUUCCAAGCAGAGUUUUAUAUAAUCGGCACUUGUUAUGACACAACAGCUUAAAAGUGAUGAGUUAUGACACCUUUUAUUUCUCCUAAUUUGUUUUAAAGAAUGCCUUGUGAUUCAGUGGGGGCCAGUCCAGAGUGUGCCCUGCCUGCAACCAUAAACACGUCAAAUGGGAUGGAUGAAUAGAUAAAUAAUGAACGGAUGAACGAAUGGAUGGAUGGACGACUGGACGGAUGGAUGGAUGGAUGGAUGGAAGGACGGACGGACGGACGGACGGACGGACGGACGGACGGACGGACGGACGGACGGAUGGAUGGAUGGAUGGAUGGAUGGAUGGAUGGAUGGAUGGAUGGAUGGAUGGAUGGAUGGAUGGAUGGAUGGAUGGAUGGAUGGAUGGAUGGAUGGAUGGAUGGAUGGAUGGAUGGACGGACGGACGGAUGGACGGAUGGACGG